AUGACUCUGGUCUGGUUUGCAGCUUCCCGGUCUGCUGCCGGUGGGGAGGACUUCCCCGAGGGCAAAACGGAGGUGAAGAAGAUCCGAGGAGGAGGAGCUGCUGCCAAGAAGCCGUCCUCCCCUCCUGAGGACCCCUCCCCCCCCCCUCCCUCCAAGGACAAGGAGUGUAAUGGUAGUAGAAAGCCCCCCGGCAAAGGGAAGGCUGCGGGCAGCCAACAGGGUCCGGCCAAUAAGAAGCCAGCAGGCAAAGCCCCGAAGGACGAAGAGGACAAGUCCGGCCCGAUCUUCGUCCUCAUCCCCAACGCCAAGGAGCAGCGCAUCAAAGAGGAGAAGCAGCUGAAGAUCCUGAAGUGGAACUUCAUGACCCCCCGGGACGAGUACGUGGAGCAGCUGAAAACGCAGAUGUCCACCUGCUUUGCAAAGUGGCUGCAGGACGAGCUCUUCCACUUCGACUUCCAGAGACACGUGAAGGCCAUCGGAGUCAUGAUUGAGCGGUUGGAGAGCGAGAGCGAGGCCACCAUCAGCUGCCUGGACCUGAUCCUGAAGUGGUUCACGCUGCGCUUCUUUGACACCAACACCACGGUCCUGAUGAAGGUCCUGGAGUACCUGAAGCUGCUCUUCUGCAUGCUCAACGCGGAGAACUACCACCUCACCGAGUACGAGGCCAACUCCUUCGUUCCCUACCUCAUCACCAAGGUGGGAGAAUCUAAAGAUGUGGUUCGGAAAGAUGUCCGGGCCAUCCUGACCAUGCUGUGUAAAGUCUACCCGGCAUCCAAAGUCUUCCCCUUCCUCAUGGACGGGACCAAGUCCAAGAACUCCAAACAGAGAGCAGAGUGCCUGGAGGAGCUGGGCUGUCUGAUCGAGGGCUACGGGAUGAACGUGUGCCAGCCCACUCCGGCCAAGUCCCUGAAGGAGAUCGCCGUGCACAUCGGGGACCGAGACACUUCGGUCCGCAACGCCGCCCUCAACACGGUGGUGGCCGUCUACAACGUGUGCGGGGACCAGGUCUACAAGCUGAUCGGAAACCUUUCGGAGAAGGACAUGAGCAUGUUGGAGGAAAGGAUCAAACGCUCGGCCAAAAAGCUGCCGGCGGCCCCGGCCAAACCGGCCGCGGCCGAACGGCCCCAGAGGGAGCACCCCCCCAACCCCAACGCCACCUUCCUCCGCAAGCCCGCGCAGGAGGACCCCAACAAGCUCAACCAAGCCCGGCAGAACGCGCAGCUCAGCGAGGCCUCGCACCCCUGCAUCCCCCGGGAGUUCCAGCUGGACCUGGACAUGAUCGAGCGGGACCAGAGCCGCGUCUCGGAGCUGCCGGACCUGGUCCAGCACAAGCUGGACGAGCUGCUGGAGCCCAUCAUGAUCCCCGAGCCCAAGAUGCGUUCCAUUUCUCCGCACUUUGACGACCUCCACAACAGCACCGCCUCCACCAUCAACUUCGUCAUCUCCCAGGUGGCCAGCGGCGACAUCAACACCAGCGUCCAGGCGCUGGCCCAGAUCGACGAGGUCCUGCGUCAGGAGGACAAAGCGGACGUGAUGUCGGGUCACAUCGACCAGCUGCUCAUCGCCACCAUCAUGCAGCUGCGCCUCGUCAACAGCACGCACCUGGCCGACGACCGCGUGGACAAGAGGGACGUCAUCAAGCUGUACAGCUGCAUCAUCGGGAACAUGCUGUCUCUCUUCCACAUGGAGGCCCUGGCCAGGGAGGCUUCCACGGGCGUGCUGAAGGACCUGAUGCACGGCCUGAUCACCCUGAUGCUGGACAGCCGGGUGGAGGACGUGGAGGACGGGACUCAGGUCAUCCGCUCCGUCAACCUGCUGGUGAUCGGCGUCCUGGAGAACUCCGACCAGACCAACAUGAUCAGGUCAGUUAUGAGAGUUAUGAGGCAGAUCCCAUAUCUGAGUCGAGCUGGGUUCUUCACAAACAAAAAAAUCUUUAUCUAA